ACAUAUCGCUUGAUUUAUAGUUGGCAGUGUGCUUUUGGUAGCGCAGACAGUCCGAAUCCGUAGUUAAGGGCUUUGACGGUGAUCCAGUCCGGGCUUUGCGGCGCACCGAGCGUGCCCCAGCAGCUGACUGGCAGGACUUGUUUACUGGUGGAGACCCAUUAGAGACGAAAGGGGGGAACCUGAUGGGAGAGGUACCGCUUCAACGGGAAUAGAAGUUUCCUCAUUGGCCGUCUUUUUAGGCUUUUACCUUUGUUUACCUCAUCCUUGGACUGUCGGAAACGGUACAUUUACUUUAACUAUAUCGUCAGCACAGAGACCACGUUUGCUGUUAGCUAGCUGCUUCCCCCCCCCCAGCUAAUCUGAAAAAGACGGGCGGCGUGGUGUCGACUUUUCUCACUUUCCGACACACUGCCGCUUAUUAUUUUUAAUAGUUGAUCAGAUCGGCCGUGGUUCAUUAAACGAACAGGGUUUUUCCACCGCCGAGUCCCUUUUGUGUGCGUUUCCCACCGGGUUGUCCAUCGGUCCGCGCCGGCGUGGUCAGCGGGGUGAAGGAGUUCAGAGGAAGGUCGUCGGGGAAGCGAUCCCCCGGCAGCACGUUUCCCUGCACGUACUCCAACACCACCUCGGUGAUGUGGACACAUCGGCGGGUUCGCAUCUUGGAAAGGUGAGCUCCAGCGAGAAAAAACAGGACGGGACACUACAGCAAAUACGUGAGAUACACGAGAGACCUGUGGACUUAAAAAAAACAACAACAACUUAACAACAGUCAACGCUGGUUUCUAAUUUGGUGUUAUUACUAACUUACGAAACACUGGGCUUCGUUGAAGUGAGAUCGUGCUCUUUACUACAACUCACCGCUUUUGGACUUGGGGUUUUUACUGUUCGUUUGGAGAAAGUAGUUGACUGGAGCAGGGCAUACUUGCCAUGGAGUGAACCCGUGUCGAACGGCUCGCCGUCGGGUAUUCCUCGCAGAUCUCCUCGGUGAACUGGACCUGUUUUCCUGGAUCCUCCGGUACGCUGUGAUAAACAGAUGAAAGACAACUACCUUGUGCGCUUAUGGAACAUGAAGCUUUUUAUCCGCACUUGUUUCGCCAGAACCCAAGACCACGUUAUUUAAGUGGUCGGACUUUUGUAAGGGUCUCAUCAAACUCCCAUCGUUUUAAAUCAUAAUACAACCACGUUGGACCCCGGCCCCUUUAGGGGGGGGCAACACCAUCUUUUUUUGCCAGUGUAUUAAAACACAUUUGGAUUUUUAUACGUUUUGUUAUUAUAACAUACCUAUUAUAAAAGGAAGUUUUUUCUUUAGUCGUCGAUUUUUUAUGAACUUAUGCAAGGGGAAAUCACCUGGAAAGGCAACAUGGGAUGCUGGACGUUUAAACCGCAAACACCAAGUGUGUUUAUUGUAGUGUGCAUCUGCAUUGCAUGCCAGGCUGGACUAUUGAAUGGCGAAAUCUGCCCCAGCAAGGACAUCCGCAACAACGUGACGGACCUCAUGUCGCUGGAGAACUGCACGAUCAUCGAGGGCCACCUGAAGAUCCUGCUCAUGUUCAAGACCAAGCAGGAGGACUUCCGCGGCAUCAGCUUCCCCCGGCUGCGCGUGGUGACAGACUACCUGCUGCUCUUCCGCGUCUACGGCCUGGAGAGCCUCGCCGACCUCUUCCCCAACCUGACGGUGAUCCGCGGCAACAACCUGUUCUUCAACUACGCCCUGGUGCUGUUCGAGAUGCUGCAGCUGAAGGAGAUCGGCCUGCACAGCCUCAUGAACAUCACGCGGGGCGCGGUGCGCAUCGAGAAGAACCCCGACCUCUGUUACCUGGCGACGCUGGACUGGUCGAAGGUGCUGGACACGGUGGAGGACAACUACAUCGUGGAGAACAAGAACGACCGGGAGUGCGGCGACGUGUGUCCCGGGACGGCCCAGGGGCAGACGGUCUGCCUGCAGAACACCAUCAACGGGCACUUCCGGGGCCGCUGCUGGACGCAGAACCACUGCCAGAGAAUGUGCUCAGACAACUGUAAGCACGGGGCCUGCACCAUGCAGGGCCAGUGCUGCCACGACCAGUGCCUGGGAGGGUGCUCGGAGGUGGGGAACGCCAGCAGCUGUGUGGCGUGCCGGAGGCUCCAGCACGGGGACACCUGCAUGGAGGCCUGCCCCCCGGGGUACUACGUCUUCAAGGGCUGGCGCUGCGUCACCCUCAACUUCUGUCAGGACCUCCACAACCAGUGUAAGACGGCCAAGAGGCUGGGACUCGACCGGGAGCCGGGCUGCAAGGAGUUUGUCAUCCACAACGGGGCCUGUUUACCCGACUGUCCCUCUGGAUACACCACCAUGAACUCCACCUCGUAAGUCUCUGUCUUCAGUGUAAUACAUCUAGCAUGUAUACACACACACACACACAUAUACACGCACACACACAUACGCAAACACAGGCAAACACACAUAGAAACAAACACAUACACAUAGAAACACACACACUUGCACACACAUACACACAUACACGUAGAACACACAUACGCACACACUCACUCACUCACUCACUCACUCACUCACUCACUCACUCACUCACACACACACACACACACACACACACACACACACACACACACACACACACACACACACACACACACACACACACACACACACACACACACACACACACACA